AUGCGUUGGAACUUUGGUUUGGCGUGCGUAGUCGCGCUUUUCAGUCUCGCAUCUGAGGCCGCCGGCGACGUAUUCCGUGACCCUGACACCGGGUUCACCUUCUCCCAAUACAGCGCCGCGACAACAACAGGCUCCGGCUCUGCCAUUACUUUCCGGGUCGCGAUCCCUAGUCCUGCUUCCUCGGGUCAACCGUAUGACGCUGUUCUUCAGAUUGUCGCUCCUAUUUCCGCUGGUUGGGUUGGCCUCGCGUGGGGUGGUUCUAUGACCAACAACCCUUUGCUCAUUGGUUGGCCGAAUGGUAACAGCGGUGUAGUGUCUGUCCGCCGCGCUACCUCCCACACAGCCCCAACAGCCUACACAGGCGCCACGGUACAACUCCUAAGCAAAGGCACCAAGUCGAACGGUACACACUGGCAGAUCACCACCAAGUGCACAGGAUGCACACAAUUCACGACUUCGGGCACGACAACCAAGACACUGAACCCGACAGGCAGCAACCGACUCGCGUUCGCAUACGCCAAGUCCAAGCCCAGCCAGCCCUCAUCCCCCUCCAGCCCCAUCAACGUCCACGACCUAUUCAACUACUGGGAGCACGACUUCGCCGCCGCCGGCAACGCCCAAUUCCAGGACCUGGUUGACCGGAACUUGUGA